AUGUCUUCGUCUCGUCGAUUGGGGGUCGGGAUUAUCGGGGCUGGCGAGGUCUUUCAAGUUUGCCAUGGGCCUUGCCUACUACUUCUCUCUCACCUGUUCAAAAUCGAAUCAAUCUGUGACUUGUCACCCACAACAGUCGAUCACUGCGCCACCAAAUUCUUUGUCCCCCACAAGACCACCACGCCGCGGGACCUGAUUGAACAUCCCAAGGUAUCUGUGGUCUUUAUUUUGACUUCGGACGAUAGUCACGUCCCACUAGCCAUCGCUAGCCUCCAAGCGGGCAAAAAUGUCUUCAUCGAAAAGCCUGUUUCUCUUUCCUUGCCUUCGGUCCAGUCCAUCAUUGACGCCGAAAAGAAAGCUGCGGGUAACGCUCGUGUUUUUGUGGGCUAUAUGCGUCGGUAUGCCCCGGGGUACCUGAAUGCAUUCAAGCGUGAAAUUGCGACUAUUCCAAAAAUCCUGUAUGCUCGAGUACGGGACUUCAGUGGCCCCAAUGCGCAAUUUGUGGACCAGAGUGGUACAUUCCAAGUCAAAAAUGCCGACUACCCUGUCAGUUCCACAGAGGAGCGCAACAAGCGCCUGGAUGCGCUUUUCAAAGAGGCGUUCCCCAACCAGGAAAUCACAGAUGAGAAGAAGAAAUACUGCCGAUUUCUGGGUAGCUUGGGAUCCCACGACAUCUCUCUUAUGCGCGAGACUCUCGGGUUCCCAGAAUCUGUGGACGGAGUCUCCGCCAACGACCCUUUCUAUAGUGCCAUCAUGACCUUCCGCAACCAAGAUGGGUCAACCUAUUCCACGACCUACGAGAGUGGCAUUGACCGAGUCCCCAUAUUCGAUGCCCAUAUUACUGUGUACGGCGACACCAAGCGGGUUACAAUCAAAUAUGAUAGCCCAUAUGUCAAGGGCUUGCCCAUUUACGUCGAAGUGGAGGAGGUCAACGAGCAGGGUGAAAUUCAACGACGCAAUGUGCUCUCCUCUUAUGAGGAUGCCUACACGGCCGAGUUACAGGUCAUGUACGAUGCUUUUGCCAACGGCAAAGAUAUCAAGACGACUGCGGAGGAUGCUAAGAAGGAUCUUCAGAUCUAUGAUAUGAUGUACAAGAAAUGGGGUUGCAAUUAA